UCAGUGUUAAUCAGCUUGUUAGAUUGCUAAAAAAAACAUGGACUCAGACACAAUAAACUUUGCACAAAUAACUUUGGGUAUUGAAAUUGGAAAAGGCACAUUUGGAAAGGUGUACAAAGCCAAAUGGUUGAACAAAGAUGUUGCUGUUAAGAAGAUUUACUUGGGCGUAGAUGAGGAAGUCACACGUAGAGAGUUCCAGCUGUUGUCAAGAGCAAAUCAUGAAAAUAUCAUAUUUCUACAUGGCAUAUCAUUGCAUGAUCAUAACACAUAUCUUAUUAUGGAGUAUAUGGAUGGAGGUUCCCUGAGUGAUUUUUUGCACGUCAAAAAGACAAAAUAUGAUUUGCGACAUAUAUUUAAUUGGGCACGUCAGUGUGCGGAGGCGGUUGCAUACCUGCAUAGUAAAACACCUAAAUGUGUUAUCCAUCGUGAUUUGAAGCCACUAAACUUGUUGUUGAAUGAUAGUUAUCGCUGUCUGAAGGUUUGUGAUUUUGGAUCUGUUAGAUAUUUGGCUUCUUCAAUGAGUGCUGAAGCGGGCACAGUUGAAUAUAUGGCGCCAGAGGUUAUUUCAGGUAGAAAAUAUACAGAAAAAUGUGAUGUGUUCAGUUGGUCCAUAAUAUUAUGGGAAAUGCUAUCGCGUGAGCAGCCUUAUAAGCAUAUCGCUAAUAAAAUUGAUAAAAUGAAGGAGAUACAGCAAGGCUUACGUCCGGAGUUGGAUAAGAUACAGUAUGAUAAUGUUCCUGAAAGUGUUUCCCAGUUAAUGACCGAUGGCUGGAGCCUUGAAGCUGAUAAACGGCCCACUAUGGAUAAUAUUAUUACAGUAUUUAAACAAUUUACAUAUACACCUGAGGAAUUAAUACUCUAAUAUUCAAAAUAUAUUUGUGUGAAGCCACGCAGGGCUGAGCUUAGCUCAGCCCUCUAAAUAUUAUGAACAAACAAAAAAGUUACAACACAUAUACAUAAUAUGUAUUACA